CCAGCGCUAGCUAACAUCCGAGAUGAUAGAUGUUAGAACUCCCGCCCCGAAACCCAGAGACAUGGGGUUAUUUAUACACACAUGUAGGCGAUCCUGCAGUUCGUCGAGCAUUCGGUCAGUCUUAUCUCGUAAAAGUUUGCGUUUGGAUGGAUUGCUCGGUCGUUGGCACAUUCAUUACGUUUUCGUUAACGGCGCGAGGCUGUUGUGUUUCUUUAUAUAAGGCGGUCGCAUGAGGUUCUCGAUUCUCGGUUCUCUAAUUUUUAAAAACUUGUUUUCGUUUUACAUUCAAAGAACGUACCUCCCAUAUAUGUAAACGAUCAGUAAUUGCAGGCUGCUAUCACUUAUAUAGGCAUUGGUACUGAGAGAUACGAUGUCUGGCAAACAAACAACCUCGACUUUGGUGUUUUUUGUGAAUGGAAAAAAGGUAACGGAAGUGAGUCCGGAUCCAGAAUGCACGCUCCUCACAUAUUUACGCGAAAGGCUUCGACUAUGCGGCACGAAGUUGGGAUGUGCGGAAGGAGGAUGCGGCGCCUGCACCGUGAUGGUAUCCCGUCUGGACCGUCGUGCCAAUAAAAUCCGUCACCUGGCGGUCAAUGCUUGUCUGACACCAGUUUGUGCCAUGCACGGAUGUGCUGUGACUACUGUGGAGGGCAUCGGUAGCACCAAGACCCGUUUGCAUCCAGUGCAGGAGCGAUUGGCCAAGGCGCAUGGAUCCCAGUGUGGCUUCUGCACUCCUGGCAUUGUGAUGUCAAUGUACGCGCUACUCCGAAAUGCAGAACAACCUUCUAUGAGAGAUUUAGAGGUGGCUUUUCAGGGAAAUCUGUGCCGAUGCACUGGCUAUCGCCCCAUCCUCGAGGGAUACAAGACGUUUACCAAGGAGUUUGCCUGUGGCAUGGGCGAUAAAUGCUGCAAGGUUAAUGGCAAAGGAUGUGGAAGCGAUUCGGAGACUGAUGACAAGCUCUUCGAGCGCAGUGAGUUCCAGCCCUUGGAUCCCAGUCAGGAACCUAUAUUUCCACCGGAACUUCAGUUAAGUGAUGCCUUCGAUUCGCAGAGCUUGAUCUUUAGCUCGGACAGGGUGACCUGGUAUCGUCCUACUAAUCUGGAAGAGCUCCUCCAGCUAAAGUCUAAGCAUCCUGCUGCCAAGUUGGUCGUGGGCAACACGGAAGUGGGUGUUGAGGUCAAGUUUAAGCACUUUUUGUACCCGCACCUCAUUAAUCCCACCCAGGUGAAGGAUCUGUUGGAGAUCAGAGAGUCUCAGGAUGGUAUUUACUUUGGUGCCGCAGUCAGUUUGAUGGAGAUCGAUGCCUUACUCCGCCAGAGAAUCGAAGAGCUGCCGGAAUCGGAAACCAGAUUGUUCCAAUGCACUGUGGAUAUGCUGCACUACUUUGCCGGAAAGCAGAUCCGGAAUGUAGCCUGUUUGGGUGGAAACAUUAUGACUGGUAGUCCCAUAUCCGAUAUGAAUCCAGUGCUCUCGGCAGCAGGUGCUCAACUCGAGGUUGCAAGUUUUGUGGAUGGAAAGAUCCAAAAGAGGACAGUUCACAUGGGAACUGGAUUUUUCACUGGCUAUCGAAGGAAUGUCAUUGAAGCCCAUGAGGUGUUAUUGGGUAUAAACUUCCAGAAGACCACUCCGGAUCAGUAUAUCGUUGCUUUUAAGCAGGCCAGGAGAAGGGAUGAUGAUAUAGCCAUCGUAAAUGCCGCCAUCAACGUUCGCUUUCAAGAGAAAUCUAAUAUUGUGGAGGAAAUAUCGAUGGCCUUUGGUGGAAUGGCUCCUACUACAGUGUUGGCACCGCAAACCUCCCAAUUGAUGGCUGGAAAGGAAUGGAAUCACCAGUUGGUUGAGCGAGUGGCAGAGAGUUUGUGCACGGAGUUGCCACUGGCUGCCUCCGCUCCUGGUGGCAUGAUCGCCUAUCGUCGAGCUUUGGUUGUCAGCUUAUUUUUCAAGGCCUACCUGGCCAUCACUCUGAAGUUGAGCAAGGCAGGGAUAAUAUCCUCGGAUGCCUUACCUGCCGAGGAGCGAAGUGGUGCAGAGACCUUCCAUACCCCAGUCCUGAAAAGUGCCCAGCUCUUCGAGCGCGUGUGCAGUGAUCAACCCAUCUGCGAUCCCAUUGGAAGACCAAAAGUCCAUGCAGCUGCCUUGAAACAGGCCACCGGAGAAGCUAUAUACACCGAUGAUAUACCUCGUAUGGAUGGUGAAGUAUAUUUGGCCUUUGUACUUAGUACCAAACCGCGUGCCAAGAUCACCAAACUGGAUGCCAGUGAAGCAUUAGCCAUGGAGGGAGUUCACCAAUUCUUUUCCUACAAGGAUUUAACCGAGCAUGAGAACGAAGUGGGCCCUGUUUUCCAUGAUGAGCAUGUCUUUGCCGCCGGAGAGGUUCAUUGCUAUGGUCAGAUUGUGGGUGCUAUUGCAGCGGAUAACAAGGCGUUGGCUCAAAGAGCCGCACGGUUGGUGAAAGUGGAAUACGAGGAGCUGAGUCCGGUUAUUGUCACCAUAGAACAGGCCAUCGAGCACAAGUCCUACUUUCCGGAUUACCCUCGUUUCGUGAACAAGGGAAAUGUGGAAGAGGCCAUGGCUCAGGCAGAUCACACUUUUGAGAGUACCUGUAGAAUGGGCGGACAGGAGCAUUUCUAUCUGGAGACCCAUGCGGCUUUAGCUGUUCCUCGCGAUAGUGAUGAGUUGGAGCUUUUCUGUUCCACUCAACACCCCUCGGAGGUUCAGAAAUUGGUGGCUCAUGUCACAGCUCUUCCUGCCCAUCGGGUCGUCUGUCGAGCAAAGCGUUUGGGUGGAGGCUUUGGAGGCAAGGAAUCAAGGGGUAUAUCCGUGGCCCUUCCUGUCGCCUUGGCCGCCUAUCGGAUGGGUCGCCCUGUUCGCUGCAUGUUGGAUCGUGACGAGGACAUGCUCAUCACUGGUACACGCCAUCCCUUCCUCUUCAAAUACAAAGUAGGUUUCACCAAGGAGGGUCUAAUCACUGCCUGCGACAUCGAGUGCUACAAUAAUGCUGGAUGGUCGAUGGAUCUUUCCUUUUCGGUUUUGGAGCGUGCAAUGUAUCACUUCGAGAACUGCUACCGGAUUCCCAACGUACGAGUGGGUGGCUGGGUUUGCAAGACGAACUUGCCCUCGAAUACGGCAUUCCGUGGUUUUGGAGGCCCUCAGGGCAUGUACGCCGGAGAGCACAUUAUCCGAGAUGUGGCACGGAUAGUGGGUCGUGAUGUGGUCGAUGUGAUGCGAUUGAACUUUUAUAAAACAGGAGAUUAUACCCAUUACCACCAGCAGUUGGAGCACUUUCCCAUCGAAAGGUGUCUGGACGAUUGUAUAAAACAGUCCAAGUACAACGAGAAGCGUUUGGAGAUUGCUAAGUUUAAUAGGGAGAAUCGAUGGAGGAAACGUGGAAUGGCAGUGGUGCCCACGAAAUACGGAAUUGCUUUUGGUGUCAUGCAUUUGAAUCAAGCGGGAUCUCUGAUCAAUAUCUAUGGUGAUGGAUCUGUGCUGUUGUCCCACGGAGGAGUUGAGAUUGGACAAGGUCUGAACACCAAGAUGAUCCAGUGCGCCGCCAGGGCUUUGGGUAUUCCUCCAGAACUGAUUCACAUCUCGGAGACAGCUACGGAUAAAGUACCAAAUACUUCCCCUACGGCGGCGAGUGUGGGCUCGGAUCUGAAUGGAAUGGCAGUGCUGGAUGCUUGUGAAAAGUUAAACAAAAGAUUGGCGCCCAUCAAGGAGGCUCUGCCUGGUGGCACCUGGAAAGAGUGGAUCAAUAAGGCGUACUUUGAUAGGGUCAGUCUCUCUGCCACUGGUUUCUAUGCCAUGCCAGGGAUUGGCUAUCAUCCGGAAACAAAUCCCAACGCUCGAACCUAUAGCUAUUAUACCAAUGGAGUGGGAAUUAGUGUGGUGGAGAUCGACUGCUUGACUGGCGACCAUCAGGUGCUCAGCACGGAUAUCGUUAUGGAUAUCGGUUCUAGCCUGAAUCCAGCUAUCGACAUUGGACAGAUCGAGGGAGCUUUUAUGCAGGGCUAUGGACUGUUUACUUUGGAGGAACUUAUGUAUUCACCACAGGGUAUGCUCUACUCUAGGGGUCCUGGAAUGUAUAAGCUGCCAGGAUUUGCCGAUAUUCCCGGCGAGUUCAAUGUCAGUCUUCUAACUGGUGCUCCUAAUCCUCGAGCGGUUUACUCCUCCAAGGCCGUAGGAGAACCCCCGCUUUUCAUUGGAUCAUCGGCUUUCUUUGCCAUCAAGGAGGCCAUUGCAGCUGCCCGUGAGGAUCAGGGCUUGAGUGGAGACUUCCCAUUAGAGGCACCUUCCACCUCGGCUCGCAUACGAAUCGCCUGCCAAGAUAAAUUUACCAAUUUGCUGGAUAUACCAGCGGCGGGAACCUUUACUCCAUGGAACAUUGUGCCUUAGAAAUUGUUUUUAUGGUUUUUAUCAUUUUAAAAAUGUUUUUAAUUUUUAAUUUGUUUUGUAUAUAGUUAAGUUGAAUAAAUGUUUUCAAGUAAAUUAAUGUUAAUUGAAUACA